AUCGGCCUUCGCUUCCGAGAUUCCUUUUUGUUCGCAGGCAUUAUCUGCAAACAACAAGAGAAACUGGACUCAAUAAGGUCCUUGUACUCGGGUGCUUCCAACUAUACUUCAAACCUCCGACGAACUUCACCAAAGUACCAGCCCUAUCUCUCACAUUCUGCAGGCAAAAUCUUCUGACUAUCUGAUCGUUUAAAUCUGGUCUCUCGGUUGCUCUAAAACAGCUCUAAAUUCGAUAUGCUUCCUUAGCUACAGGUGGUCAAUGAAUUGCGUUCACCUCUCGACACCAAGGUGUCAUCAAGCUUCAAGAAGAUCGGUCUUAUGAGUAUUCCGAAGACUUGAGACCCAGGCCCCGGACCCUUGAAGCAUGACAUCCUCUAUGCUAGUGGACGGAAAGGAACCAAGGCCAUAAUGUUGUUCGACGUAGGUGAGCGUCCCCGUGUAGCACAUAUCAUGAAUUUCUACAGCGAGAUGUUACUGGAAGUCCUUUAUAUUGAAUUGCCCUGAACUGCAUGUCAUUCAAGAAAAAUUCCGAUGGUGUGCGGGCCCUGAACAGAAUAUUGUGGCAUUUCCGACAUUCCUGGCGUCCAGGAAGCCCGUCCUAGCACAUAUAUUAGGGAGGAUGCAAUCUCGAGUGGAAGCCAUCCCGAGUGCAGCCCAUCAUGGCCCUCAAUUCUUCUGCUGUUCGUGGAGAAGAUUAUAUCUGGCUCACCUUGCCGAACCUUCUUGCUUUUGCUUUGAACUGGUGUCUCCUUGGUGGACUGAUUGUUCAACUGUAUACAUACCACAUUACGUUCCGGGACCGAUUGUGGUUCAAAAUUCUGGUUUAUAGCGUCUUUAUACUCGAUUUGGCUCAGACUUGCUCAGCGACAUACGACGCAGCACAAUGGUUUGGAUUUCAUUGGGGUGACCCGAGUGUUCUAGAGAAACCAUAUACGACGUACCUCAACGUACCACUCUUCACGGGUAUAAUUGGAGCUGCUGUUCAGAUAUUUUACGGAUGGAGGAUAUGGUCCCUUUCCAAGUCAAAUGUUUUGUUUGGGUUUUUUCUUUCGGCUUCAAACGUUUUGUUCGGCUUCAUUAUCUCGAUGGCUUUGACCCAAUUAGGUGGUUCUAUAGCCACCGCGUACUUCCUCUCCCCACACGAACUGGGCAACUCCGAUGUCAACAUUCGUCGAUCGGUUGGAGUGCGACUUGUUACCUCCGCUGCUGUCGAUAUCGUGAUUGCGGGUUGUAUGACUUACUUCCUCUUGAAGAGCCGUAAUUCUGAAUUUACCAUGCGUACGAACGCUGUUUUGACAAAGCUUGUGCGGCUCACAGUCGAGACAGGAACAAUAACAGCCGCUGCCGCGAUUAUCGAUCUCAUAUUUUAUCUCACCCUCAAGCACAAGUCGUUACACCAAUUAUCUGGCGUUAACCUCUCAAAACUCUACACCAACUCGUUACUUAUGUUGUUCAAUAAUCGAAUACAAGUUCAACGUGAUCUUCCGUUGGUUCAGGAUCAGGCAGGAGAGUUUACGGGGGGUCAUAAGCUGCGGCGACAGGGAUGGAAUGUCAGCAGUAGUAGUGACGCUCCUGCCACCCUUGAAACAUUUCAAGCAGCCUCAAGAAAGUGGCCAAGUGAAGGAACUGUUGAUUUAAGUCCAUGAUUGUAGGGAAUGUAUACCCGUGCCGCCAUAUCGUAGAUUGGACAACGACAUGGUUCAGGUGAACUGGAAAUUAGAAUGUUCGGCGGGCAAGUUGAAAACGAAAAAUGUUCACGUCCGGUGAAUACAGAAGCCGAAGGGGAUUUGCACUAGAUUGUUAAUAUAUAAUACUUACCAUUUUGUACCGUCUGCUUUCGCAAGUCAACACAUGAAC